AUGGUCCGACUGGAUUCAAGUUUGCCUAAUUUCAUCUUUCAAUUUGCCUGCAUUCUAGUUCUUGGUAUGGUGACAAUGUUCUUCUUGGAACAUAAUAACUACAUGCAGUAUUGGCAUAAACGCCUCGAAAUAGGAAACAAACGUAGCAAAUACAAUGCUGGUGUAGACAGGCAUCUUAAGCAAAAUGGUUUCAACUUAAAGGAAAUUGAAAGACCUCGAAUCUUAUGUUGGAUACCAACCUCUCCAACCAACCUCGCAGCAAGAGCAAAAUCAGUGAAGGAUACAUGGGGAAAACGCUGUGAUAUGCUUUUGUUCUUCAGUUCGAAGGCGGAUUCCAGCUUUCCUACAAUCGGGUUAAAUGUUGGGGAAGGAAGAAAGAGACUGUUCAACAAAACCCGUGCAUCACUCAGAUAUAUUUAUCAACACCACAUAAACGACGCUGAUUGGUUUUUGAAAGCAGAUGACGACACUUACGUGAUCAUGGAAAAUCUCCGCUAUUUUCUGUCCAAGCUAAAUCCCUCCAAUCCUCAUUAUAUCGGAAGGAUGUUUACUACUUAUGGCGGAUACAACACUGGAGGGGCCGGCUACGUUUUCAGCCGCAAAACGCUAAGAAUAUUCGAGAAAGCGCAGGACGAGGGUGGCUGCCCCCUGAAGGGUGGUGAAGAUAUAUUUGUAGCAAAUUGUCUGAGAUCUCAGGAUGUGAAACCCGUGAGUACGAGGGAUUCCAGCGGAAGAGAAACCUUUUUUCAUUUUAAAAUUGCACCACAACUGAUACCAGGCCGUCCACCUCAUGGCUUCCUCUCGAACUACAGCUUUCCUCUUCCUUAUAAAAAUGGACCCGAAUGCUGCUCAGAUUACCCAAAUACUUUCCAUAAAGUCAAUCCAGAAAUGAUGUAUCUACUUGAAUACUUAAUUUAUCGUGUCAAAGUAAAGGCUUAGAGUAACAAACGGAAAAGUUUGAAAAGGUUAAAUCUAUAAAACUUAUUAGUCUAACUUGCAAUUUUUUUUUACCGUAACAGUGAUGAAGACUGUGACAAGUUGCGUGACAUGUCACUGAUUCCCCGUAUGUGUAUGUAGCGUUGUCGUAACAACCAUGUGCUUGUGACUGAAGUUGUGGUUCGUAGUUCGGUUUCUUGUUUUCGCCUUUCUAUCUAAUUUAAGAGAAUAGCAUAUUGAUACAUUUGGCCUGUUCCAGGCUCUGAGAUAGUGGGAAAGACGCGAAAGUAAAAGGCACGCGAAAAGCUGGCGGGGCGAAAAAGAUUAAAUUAGAACUAAAAGCUUCCUACUCUUAAGAGCUAGUGUCAACAUAAAAAUUAUGAGUUUCCUAAGUUAAAUUACUACUCUGUCCAUUUUGGGUAAAUGUGUUGAGAGGGACAUCAAGUUUGGAGACAAGAUGUCUCACUCCUGAAAAGCACACUCUUAAUAUUUAUCUUUCUUAAUGAAAAGCUUAUCAGUAAAUUGGGUAUUCAUCAUGUUUCAUUUUCAAAGGUAAACACUAAGAAUGUUCUAGAACCUUAAAGGCCUAUUAAUCGGAUAUUUAUCGAACUUUCAUUAACUUUCCAUAUAUCUUCAAAAUCGGGGAGAUGAGUCCUGUAACACAUUCAUGCCAAUGAUCGGGUUUUUGAUCGUUGCACGCACUGGCUGAGGUUGAUUUCUGGUGCAAGUCAUGUUUGUCAUAUUCAGAUCCUAUAAAACCUAGGAAAAAAACCCAUUUCUUAUUCAUAAAUCCAUGUUUUAUUAAUCCAUAUUUUAUUAACCUAUGUUUUACCAAUCCAGUCCAGUCCAUAUCCUAUCAUAUGCCAUUUACAACGCGUUUCAAUACGGCGCGAGUUAGGAUCCCGAUGGGGUGGAAACUUUAGUCUCCCAAUUCGAAGAAGGACCGUAAACGGGGCGAACGAAGACAACGAACUGAAACCUUGUUCGAAGGAAAAAACACCGAGCUACGAAAACUUAAGUGCAAGUUCUGCUCACAGUCUCACAGUGUUCUGAAGAAAGAGCUAUGCCCUGCGUUGGGUAAAAGGUGAAAUGUUUGCCGGAAAAUGAAUUACCGGAAGGGUUCAGAAGUUUGUGCCAUGAAAGGGAAAAUACGCGCAGCAAAUCAAGAUUCUGAUUGCUCCGACUCGGACUCGGAUGUGGCCUCUGUGAAGACUCUCAACGCCUUUGUUAAUGGUGUCGCCUCAAAGAAAGACAAACCAAUCUAUGGUGAAAUGCAUAUCAGGUCUAACCCAGUCAGACGACAAGUAGACUGUGGAGACUGUGGAGCCACUGUUAGCAUCAUUCCCAGAAGUCACAUCAGUGACACCCAACCUAAGCCAUCUAAGAUUUCUCUAGGGGUGUGGAACAAGGAGAAAAUGAACGCACUUGGAACCUGUAAACUCUCCCUACAGAACCCCAAGACCUCCCAGAAAUACAUGGUAAACUUUGAUGUUUUCUCGAGGAAGAGCUCAUCCCCCUGCCAAGUCCCAAACCAGCUGAGAAGAUGAAACAUAUCACAGUCAAUUACAAUAAGUUAGAAAGUGUCAAUGGAGUGGUUGAAGACAAGCACGAUACCCUACAAACUUUUCCUGAUGUGUUCAGUGAAUAUAUUGGCGCUUUGCCUGCUCUGUGCAACUAGCCUUAAAGCCUGAUGUAGAACCAACUCUUUGCCCACCAAAAGAUUACCUAUUGACUACUACGGGAUAAAGUUAAAGACGAACUUGACAGGUUAGUUGACACAGGAGUCCUUGCCCAAGUAGAUGAACCCACUGACUGGGUGGAUCAGAUGGCAGUUGCUACCAAAUAAGAUGGAAGUCUACGGAUUUGUAUAGAUCCACGAUCCCUAAACGUAGCUUUAAAGCGGGAACACUAACAGCUUCCAGUGCUCAAGGAUAUCCUUCGCUAGAGUAAAAGUCUUCAGCAAAGUCGACCUCAUGAUCAGCCAUGGCUCGUUGUGGACUGAGGGCUGAUAUAAAGAUAAAACUAUCUGCGUAACGUGCUGGUGUGGAAGGUUGUCUCAGGAGGGCAAAGUAGAGUGUCUACUGGCCAAGUAUGAACUCUGAACUUAGACACUGGAUCUCAACUUGUGAGCCCUGCAGACUGUUUGAAAUUUCCCAUGGCAAAGAGACCCUCACGAGGCACGAAGUACCGCAGAGACCUUGGGAGAAAAAUUAAAGUGGCUGCUGAUCUCUUUACACUGGACGAGAAAAACUACCUAGUUACAGUGGACUACUAUAGCGCCGGGCUAUUGGGAGCUGGACAGACCGCACAGCACAGAAGCAGGAGCUGUGAUCAAGAAACUAAAGGCUCAUUUUGCAAAGCACGGCAGUCCCUGCCAACUUGUAAGCGAAAAUGGUCCACAAUUCGAUGCGGCAGAAUUUCAGAAUUUCAAAAGUGCCUAGGACAUCAAACACACACCAACAUCAGCCUGCAAUAGUAAGGCUAAUGGGAAAGUGGAGGCAGUUGUCAAGUCUGCUAAACGUGUCCUCCGCAAGACUGCUAAAGGCGGUGACGAUUUCUAUCUGGGGCUUCUUGCCGAGCGCAAUAUUCCAUCACAAGGCAUUGGGAGCAGUCCAGUCCAGGGACACAUGAAAAGGAGGUGGAGGACUCUUCUUCCCACAACUGACAAUCUGCUGGAGCUAAGGAACCUGAACACAGGCUAUGAGAGAGAAGCUGAGAGAUGUGCAAAAAAGGCAAGCUCGCUACUACAGUACCACUGCUCAUGACUUACCCACCUUUCGACCUUAGGACUGGCGAAAUCGCCCUGGGUCAAUUAAACAAAUGGCUGCUUUACCGAGAAAACACCGCACUCGUCAUCAAAGACACCACUCGACGGAAUCAUUGAGCUUGCUAGUCAUCGAUCACAUCGUCAAGACCAUGGAUAAAUAGCAAAUCACGGCAAUGGGUCAUAUUGACUUAAGCAAGGCUUCCACACUAUUGUAAAUUACAGAAUUUAGUUAAUUCCAACGAAGUUCUUCUAUGGUUUGAGAUUUACCUUUAAAACAGACAUAACUCCACUCGUGUUGCAACUUCAUUGUCAGGACCACUUACGAUAAUACAUGGGGUCCCUCAGGGCUCAAUUCUUGGCCCAAUGCUUCUCAGCCUUAAAUGAACGUUCUAACCGAACUCAUCAAGUUUAAUAACUUCGAAUCUUUAGUUGAUGACACUUAGAUAAAACAGUAAAAACCCGCGAGUAAGAAACUGCAUAUUCCCAAGUUAGUAACGGACGGACCACUAAUUUUUUGGCGGGGGCGGGGGGAGGUUGGAAAAUUUUGAACACUGAAACAAAUUGUAUGCAAGUAAAAAAAAAAAAGUGAAAGUGUUUGCAGGAAGACGGAGACACACAAAAAAAAUUGUUUGCAGCAGCAGCCGCAUAUAAAAAAAUGUUUCCAUGUGAAAAUUUUCAAACCCCACCCCGUCAAAAAAUUAAUGGUCUGUCCCUAAAUGGCAAUUUAUAAUAGCACAAAUUUAGCCUUUUUCUAAUAGGUUCUUAUUUUUUGAAGAAAAAAUAUAUUGUAGCUAAGAAGUAUUUACUGGGUACAGCGAAACCUGUAUUAAGCGGACACCCUUGGCGAAUGCUGUAGUGUCCGCUUAAUACAGGGUGUUCACCUAAUACAGGCUUCGAUAGAUAACGUCAUAUGAGGUGUCAAAUGCCAUUCAAAUGAACAGUGGAAACGUUUAGUAUACUCCCGGCGACUAUGACGAUAUACGUUUGCAUUAAUUUCUUUAUUAAAGAUGAUAUUACCAUAAACAUAGAUUGCAACUCAAAUUUGAAGAACUCAGAUGAGUGAAACAAGCUCUACAGAAACAAAACGAAAUAGAAAACAACACUGCACUGUGAAACUAAUCAAAUAAGUUCGUCAAGUCACGUUUUUUAAUGUAAAAAUAUUAAAAUUUGUGGGUGGUAAUCUUUCGCAUUUCCGGUGUCUGGCAUGUUGGGUGGUGAAAUUUAUUUACAAAGUGUCCGUUUAAUACAGGUUGGCAACGAUAGAAAUGACCAUUUCAGGUACUUUUUAGGUGUCCGCGUCCGCUUAUUAGAGGUGUCCGCUUAAUAAAGGUUUCAUUUCAAGUAAAUAAGGGUAAUAAAUUUGGGGACUUCGGCUACUGUCCGCUUAAUAGAGGGUGUCCGCUUAAUACAGAUUUCACUGUUUUCAGGUUACUCCUUGUAUAAAAUCUUCCGUCUGCAGUUCAUUACAUGGCACCAGUCCAAAGUGCAUGCUAAAUGUUGACUUAUCUUAUUUGCCUAAUGAGUGCACAGGACGUUUUCUUUUAGAUUUUAGAAAAUAAGAAUCAAUGUUUCAAAUUUUAGGGUAAAAAGGUUAUUGUAUAGAGCGGACCUAACUGAUAAAUUGUAGCCUAACAGGUUCUUACUCAUGGGUUUUUUCUGCAAUUUAAAUCCGCAUUUUCUCGAAUAAUAGCCGUCCCUCUGAUUGUUCACCUCCCUCGAAUAAUAGCCCCCCUUUGACCAAAAUAUUUACAAUAAUGGCCUCUCUCGAGUAAUCGCCCUUUCGCCACAUCCUCUUUCGCCGCAUCCUCUCUCUCUCUCUUUUAUCCCCUCCCUCUCAAGUUAAAAGUUGAAUACUUACAAAAGUACGGGUUUUGUUACAGUUUUUUCUAUGAUAAUGUUUAUGUAUUUCACUUUUUCCUCUAUUCUUGGAUAUUGACAUUGAAAAUUAAUCAAGAAACCAAAUUUGGAACACUUAAAAAGACCAUGUUCAGUUAAUUUAAUGUGAUGGGAUAAUAAACCAAAGUAUUUAGGGCAUGACUUCCAGUGAGGAAUAUUUGAAAUAAUCCCCUCCCUCGAAUUAUCGGCAUCCUUGAAUAACCGCCUCCUUUCGGUGCGCCAAAAAUUAAUAAUAAUCGCCCCUGGCUAUUAUUCGAGGAAAUACGGUACUGGAGAGAAAACACGCCCCGCGACCCGCGACACGUGACUAUAGGGCAACUCAUCCUGUGAGAUUUUCCGGUCGAUUUAAGGCAUAUUUGAAAUCACUUCAAAGUGGUUUCACAUUUCAGUGUUCUGACCUAUCUAGAAAACAAAACAAUGAAACUUAAAACUACGAAUUGACUGAAAAACGGGAAGCAACAAAACGAGCAACUGUGCUUAGAGAGAGGUAAGCUAUGCAUUUUUUUUACAAUUUAUAGCGCCCUUUUAUAAUUCAAGGUUAAUUAUUGUAACCACAUUCACAGUUUUCCCCAUACCACUGCAUUUAAAAUUUCCAUUCUUCUGUUGAAAUAACACAUCUAACGGUAAAGCGGAUUCCUAUUUCUUGUUAAGCUUGUGGACUUGAGCAUUCUAGUUUCUUAUCUGCUUAUUUUAUCAAGCAGUGGUUACUGAUCUAUUGAUGUCAUUGAAAGGAACAUUAAGGCGAACCAGUUAAGCUAAAAUAGAUUUGGUUUCGAACAAAAAUAAUGGGAAGGCUGGACGAUUUCUACCAAGCCGCAAUUAAGCAUCUUUCGUAAACAUCGAUCGAUCCAGCAUUCCGCACAGAGUGAAAACGUAUCAAUCGGGAUGUUAUGAAACUCUUCUUAGUCAAAAUGGAGUCUUCAGAAAAAAAAAAUACAUACAAAAAAAGAUAAAAAUUAAGAUCAAGAGUUAAAGCUUUAAGUUACGGAUCACCUAUAUAUAGUAAUAAGAAAAAUUAGGAACAUAAACACUGAUUCAUGUGACGGUCAUUAUUAUGUUUCAAGGCUCAGUGUACACAUUUUGGUCCGGAAGGAAAUUUCCCAUGAUUUUUAUUAAAAGAGGAAAAAACAAAAACCCUGAAUGAAUUUGACCCGGGCAAAGACAGAGACAUUAAUGCCUCGUUUUUUGUCCAUGAACUUUUAAAUAAGCCAAAUUGGCGUCUAGAAUUCCAAGUGUCUAACUCUAAAUGGGAUAAAGAAACUCCUUGAUCAUUUUUUGAAAAGGAAAUACGAGCCUGUAUCUAAAAAAAACAACAACGACAUCAAAACAGGCCAAAUAAUAUUAUCGGUUUAUCGUACAAAUGAUGACACUCCCUAGCCUCCCCGCAGACGUCCUUUGGGGUUCGUUUGUCACGCAUUCAUUUCUCCCCACAAACGAACCCCAAAGGACGUCUGCGGGGAGGCUAGACACUCCCCGAAAUAGAUAGCUUCGUCCCACGAAGAUUUCUGCCAGCUGCGUAGGUUUUUUCCUAUUGCGUGACUGAUUAACACUGUUAUUCCCAGACUGCACGACUGUUCGGUCACGAACACGCGAGGCAGUCAAACGAAAGUUGUGUGUGAGUUACACGCCCACACGCUCCAUUCCGCCCGAGAAUAUUACGCCAGCUAUCGGUUCGUGCCUUGAAAAAAGAAUCGAUUUUGUCAGAACAAAAAAAAACAAACCGUGUUUACGGUUCAGAUCCUUUCCACUGCAUGUCGAGUCUACCAACCGAAUGCCUUGCCAAAACGAAUAGUCUGCUUGGAAGAUGGCAGGCAUGUGAAAUCAAUUUAUAGUAAAGCAAGAUGUAUUUCUUCGGAAAAAAACAAACACUUUUAUAUCUGUUUUAUGAAAGUUUCGACGAAAACAAACGAGAGAGAGGGGGACGAAACGAGUUUUAGAUAUGAUUUAAGGUCUUUAAGGUCUCGCGUCGACUGUGCUCUUUUUUCGAAUCCUCUUGAUCUCUUGUCACAAAUAAAAAAAUACUUUACUGGCGUCAUUGUUGUUUUCGCAUUCUGAAAAAGUCCAAAAUUACAUUAGCCAAGGGCGUGUCAGUGAAGGUUACUUGGAGUAGGCCCUUUUUCUAAUCCAUGACGAGCUUUGAAGCGCGAAAAAAUUUUAUGCAAAUUAGCUGGCUGCACAUUCAAUGUGCAGCCAGCUAAUUUGCAUAAGUAUUCAAAACCAAGGUCUGACAGCUCUAGGCUCUUGAGGUGUUAGCUGAAUACCCUAGGACUUCCGUAAAUUGCCCACAAAAGAGUAACUCAAGCUACCAUAAACUGAAAUGAAAGUAACCGCAAUAUUUGAUUAAAGCAAGGUUUAAAUCUUUUUCUGCUCGGCUAACCCUCUUCCGAGGCACUUACUAUUUUGGUAAUAAUAAAACGCCAUAAACAUUUUACAUUGCGCCUUUUUCAGUCUCGGGCAGUAAGUUAUAGUAUGAAAUGGAGGUAAACUCAAAAAUUCAGUUUUGUGACUGCCCUGCAACUUUGAAACUAUUUAAGCCGCUUCCUAAAAGGCUGGGAAAAUGUUUUUCGUAAAAUUCGUAAAAGUAGCUCCUUAUACUCUAAUUUAACAUUACCAAAUUUAACAAACGCGGUAACUACUUUAUGGUCCUGUAUCAGUAUGUAAAGGCAUCAAAUCGUUAUAAAGCCGACAGAAACAACAAUUAACAGACAAGUACUAAAUAUGAUUUAAGAUUUUUUUGUACUGCUUUUAUAUCAAGCAAAUGAAAUAGUCCUGGCGAUAUGUCAUUAUCGCAAAAUCGCCAAAUUCAGAGGUUCCUAGAUCACUAACAUAAAAUACUGCAAUACAUGUUCUUAUACUGCUCUUUUACUCCGCUUUGUUAAGACAACACUCGUGCCAAAAUCAAGUUCGAGUGCGUGCUAAAAAAAUAAGAUGGAUUGAGAGAAAGCUGUUAAUUGACCAUGAAUAUUCAAAAAGAGUAAGAGUUGAAUAAGAUUGUCACCUCCAUAAGUCAAAUAAGUCAAUGUUAUGUAUUUUUUAGGUAUACAUUAGCCGGGAUACUACAGCAUUGAUUAGAGUGUUUUUGCAAGUUAACUGUCGAUUUCAGGUAUACUCUACCCAGGAUACUACAGGAAUGAUUAGAGCAUUUUUGCAAGUUAACUGUAGAUUUCAGGUAUACGCUACCCAGGAUACUACAGGAAUGAUUAGAGCAUUUUUGCAAGUUAGCUGUAGAUUUCAGGUAUACGCUACCCAGGAUACUACAGGAAUGAUUAGAGAAUUUCUACGAGUUAACUGUAGAUUUCAGGUAUACACUACCCAGGAUACUACAGGAAUGAUUAGAGCAUUUUUGCAAGUUAACUGUAGAUUUCAGGUAUACGCUACCCAGGAUACUACAGGAAUGAUUAGAGCAUUUUUGCGAGUUAACUGUAGAUUUCAGGUAUACGCUACCCAGGAUACUACAGCAUUGAUUAGAGCAUUUUUACGAGUUAACUGUAGAUUUCAGGUAUACGCUACCCAGGAUACUACAGGAAUGAUUAGAGCAUUUUUACGAGGUAACUGUAGAUUUCAGGUAUACACUACCCAGGAUACUACAGGAAUGAUUCGAGCAUUUUUGCAAGUUAACUGUAGAUUUCAGGUAUACGCUACCCAGGAUACUACAGCAUUGAUUAGAGCAUUUUUGCGAGUUAACUGUAGAUUUCAGGUAUACACUACCCAGGAUACUACAGGUUAAUACUAUGCAACGCAGAUAACAAAAGCUCAGGAAACAAGGGGACCCUGCAUGACCCAGCGAGGCUGCUUGUCUGCGAAAUUUUUUUGAGACAAGAGCUGACUCUCUCGAGUGUUGAACUAGAAUAGAAUAAUCCAGAAUUAUAAUUUUAAACAUCAAUUGCUACUGAUAUAAUUAUUAAGUUUUCUUACCUGUCUGGAGUCUCUUCCACUGAUGUCAAUGAUCUGGGCGCCAAACAAACGCGCGCGGUACAUAUUUCCCGCCACAAAUAAUUAAAAGCACUUUCAUGAGAUGGUGAUCAAAAUGCAAAAGCAAAAUAGGAAAGCCGGCGCCAAAUUGCUAGAGGCUAGCGAUCGUUUGUUGGGCGGCGUGUGAUAGACUGAAACUGAUAAAAUAUCGAGAAAUCUGGACAGAAUCUUUUUGUAAUACAUUAUCAAAAAUUAUGUGAAAUACAUCAUCAGAGAACACGUGCCAAAAAAAUAAUUUCGGCCCGAUAUUUUUUUCUCGGUAUUUUUCAUCGACAAAAAACCGAAACAUUAAAAAUCACGACUUACCAUCAAUUAAUCGGCUAAACAAAGCUAAACUUACCAAAGUCGAUAACCAAGUAAGGAUUUCCUACAGAAAUAAUUUGCCACUCUCGUUUAGCAGUGUAGUGGUCGAACUUGACGUAGGUUAAAACGGAUUCGUUUUGCCGGCAUCUUCCCGUUAAAUUAAAGCAGAUUUAACACUUGCCAGGAGUAAUUAGAAAUCUAGCCAUUUUGCUCAUAGCUUCGCAAAUGCAACCAGCGUUAUGCAGUAAAGCGACAGAAACGUUAGCGAAAUAUUCACACGCGACAGUCGCGACGACCUCAGUAAAUCUAACAAAUGAAACAAGAUGCUGAGAGAAAAAAAGGGCUUCAUUGAUUGUUUCCGGCAGGCGGUGACAAGUAAUGUACGAGAUUAGAAGACCUCCUGGUCAGAAUUUUUUUUGUAGCCUAAGCCCGUCAUGACAAUGGCAGCUGUUGGCCAGCACUUUGUGAUUACUGUAAUAGUCAGGGACCGCGGAGCAGAUUUUGGAUUGGUGGGGCUUGCUCGCGCUUAUCGCGAGCUCAGCGAGCGCCCAAGGAGCUUGCUUAUCAAGGGGGAUCCUGGGGGCAUGCAUGUUCCCCCGGAAAUUGUUGAAAUUUAGAGUUUAUUUUAGUCCUGAGAAAAUGUUUUCAAAUGUUUAUCAUCGUCAUUCUGUAAGUUUUCUGCAGGAAAACUCACAUUUGCAGUUAAGAUGAAAAUUGUGUUUGUCUUUAAAACAAAGAUUAGAAGUACCUUUAAAAAAGAAAACAAAAAAAUUCUCGUCAAAAUUAUUUCGAAUUAUUGGUGAAGGUUCGAGGGCGUACUAUGUGAGCUCAAAAAAAGAGACUUUCCGGCAUUUUCUCAGUCAUUUCAUGUUUCUUUCCCAGAUCCUUUGGGUUUGCAAAGUUUAUCUGAAAAGUGAAAUCCAGCCUGCGAGCAAGGUAUCCAUUUGGGAAAUAUCUUAA